GAAACCGUUAACUUUCACAUAUUUGGAGGAGGAAUUUGCGCCAGGCGGAAGACAGGGAGCACCAACACUGGCAGAGAGGAUGAUGCUUGGUCAGUGGAGGCUGUAGCUCACACUGGAAAUAGCCGCAGCACCGACCGAACGCCAUUUCUCAACUUGUAGCUUAACAGCGACACUUGAAUUAGCAGUGAGCAACAGGAGGAUGUGUACGGGUUAGGUGCUCUGUUUUGCUGAAUUUCAGCGCAUUGUCAGGUUUCUUCUGGCGGAGUUAGAGCUCCUGUGAAGUUGCUGUGCAGAUGGAGCUGAGCAGGAGGAAAGUGCCUCUGUAUGGCCAGGCGAAAGUAUUUGCACUGCUGGAUGGUUUUGACUCGCUGCCUGCGGAUGCAGAGGUCUACGUUGUUUUGGAAGGAUCCACACUGGUCCAUGUCACCAGGGCUCUCAUAGAUGUCAUGCUCUGCUUUAUAGUUCCUGGACAUAACCUGGCUGAGGUGGUGUCUGUGCAGGCCUACCUGUGUUCUGAACCCACACCCCUCACCUGGGUGGGCGGGGCGUCUAUAGAGUAUGUCCAAGAUGAUGCUCAGGACCUGGCAGAGCACCUGGUAAUCCACGGACAUUGCCUUAGCUCCUCGGAUCACAAGGAUCUGAGCAGCCUCUUCAAUCUCGGCCAGGAGAGCUCUCGCUGGGCUAUGGAUCGUCGCGUAGCCCUGGCCAUGGCAAAUCUGGACAUCCCCCAAAACUGGAAUGUACUAGGGAGCCACAGCGGAGACGAACACAGUUUCAGGGAGUCUCCCCUCCACAUAGCCGUGCGAUGGGGUCUGUAUCGGCUUGCAGAGCUGCUGCUUUGUCAGCCGGGGGGUCUGAUGGCUGUCAGUCUGCCAAACGAAGAGGGAGUGACACCGCUGCAGCUGGCACAGGCAGCCGGCAACACCGAGCUCCUGGAGCUGCUCACACACCCACCCAACCCUCUGGCCACGCCUCCAGCAGGUCUGUCCCAGGUGUGGGCGGACCGGUCCCGUCUGCUCAGGUUCUGUCAUGAUAUGGGGAACCUGACUCUGACCGUCCGACAGAACCUGAGGUGGAGCUCAGAGGACAGUCGACACGCUGACAUCCUGCUUCUCAGAGACCGGCUCAAAGAUGAGAACUUUCUCAGAGAGAUCAAAGCUCUAAGGAGGGAACAUGUGGAGACCCUCUCAGGGAAGGAAGAGCUGGUGGAUGAUCCUGCGGAGACCGAACUGCAUUCUGAUAUGAAAAGAGAUGCUGUAGAAGAAAAUGACUACGAGGAGCUGCUGAUGUUUUGCUUGCAUGAAGAGGACGAGGUGGACGACCCAUCACAGUUUGACUCUGAGAAAAGCCAGUCCAUAAGGGAGAGCCCGGCCCUUUCCCCGACUCUGGCUGCAGCUGCCAGACUGUCAGCGAUGAUACAUGGCAAAGACAGGGUGUACGCUAACGCCAUGCUGGUGGAUCAGGUGUUUGAAGCUGACAUUAAAUACUGCUCUCCCGGGGAGGAGGAGAGGAGCCCUGCGCCACAUCUUGGCAGUCCAUGCUGGGACUCCUUCUCCAUGACCCCCCCUGAUUCAGGGAACUGUUCCCAAAACUGGCACCCGUCCUCACCCCAUAAUGGGGAGAGGGGAAUUCAAGGCCCUGGCCUGAAGAAUCACAAGGAGCCAUCCCCUCGCAUGUCUCCCCCGUGUUCCUUUGUUUCCUCCCCGUCUUUUCCUUCCUCCCCCCAAGCUUCUGCCUUCCGUUUGUUCGAGGGGGCACAGAGGCGUCAGACGCAGCCGUGUCUGCCAGUUUCUCCUGCUUUGAACCGCAGAGGAUACAGCUUGACUGAGACGAGCCGGGGCCUGAGUCCCAGUUUUGAGUGUGACAGUGGAGGAGAAGACAUACUGGGACAUUCUUACCCCUGCUCGUCUGUAAAGAAGCAGUCCAUCCUGCGCUCCAGCUCAGGAAAGGAGAGGGACUCUUUCGACACAUCGCCGGACUUUAACCGCACACUCUCUGACAGCACAGACACGUCCGCUAAGAACCCAGAUGAAGCCGAAGUUCGCCUGCGCUCCUACUCCUACUCCUCCCCCAAAGCGCAGCCGUCACGGCCUCUGCUAAACCGAGACGCAACCAUCACUGACCUGGCAGAAGAUGGUGCGUUCAGCAGCAGUGGUCGUUCUCUACUUCAAGCUUUAUCUCUCUCUAAAUCCCUCUCUCGUCUCAACCAAGUUAAGCAGAGAGCAUUCAGCCUGACUGAGACUACCAGAGAAAAGAGGAUUGAGGAUGAGGAGUGGGAUAAAUACAUAAUCCCUUCAAAGGUCGAGUCAGAGAAGUACAAAGUCAGCCGGACCUUCAGCUUCCUCAAGAGCAGGAUGUCCAGCACUCGCAACAAAACCAAGGUGAAGGGGAAAGAGGUGAAGGAGGGAAAGGAGAAGCCAGGAGGGGCUAACGGACACCAGUUUGUUCCUGUGUCUCCCUCCGGUCCCGCUCUCUGUGUGGCCUGUGAAAAGUCUGUUUCUGGGAAGGAGCUAAUGCAGUGCUCCAGCUGUUUCCUGAAUGUCCAUAAAAACUGUCGAGAGUCUGUUGCUGCCUGCGGAAAGAAGCCACAGGAGAGGAAUGCAAUGCUGAUGAAAAGCAAGACCUUGUCUCUCCCACACAACUCUGUGAAAGAAAGCUCUCAAGCCUCAGCUUUCUCCUCUUCCUCUACACUUCCCACCACAACCAGAGAGAGGAGAGAAACAGCCCUUCUCUCCAAAAGCAUCUCUAUCUCUAUAGACAGCAGGCGACUGAGUGAUGCAGCAGGGGUGGACACUGAGUGCAGUGUGACAGCUUGCACCAACAACUCAUUGUCUGAUGAAGGAACACCUGUCACUGCAAAUCCCCCGCCAACCGAGCCGCCAAUCACCACGCAGGAUGCUGUUGAUGCUCCUCUAAUGAGCGACCUGUCAGCUGACCUGCUGGGGCUGGAUGUGGAGUCAUGGAGUCUGGCUGUCAGUAAGGAGUUUUGCAGGCCGCUCGACAGGCGCACCACUAAACGACAGGAUGUUAUUUAUGAGCUGAUGCAGACAGAGCUUCACCACAUCCAAACGCUGACGGUCAUGUCCGAGGUGUUCAGGAAAGGCAUGCUUGAGGAGCUGCAGCUGGACUUGGACUGUGUGGCCCGGAUAUUUCCCUGCCUUGACCCCCUGCUGCUUUUUCACAAAAACCUCUUCGGAGCCCUGCAGGAACGCAGAGAAGCUGCAGCACAACCUGAAAACCCCCGCAAUUACCUCAUCCAUCACAUUGGAGAUAUACUGCUUCAGCAGUUCUCAGAUGAAAAUGCUGAGAAGAUGAAGCAGGUGUACGGAGAGUUCUGCAGCCAUCACACCGAGGCUGUAAAUCUUUUCAAAGAGCUGCAACAGCAAAACAAAAAACUGCAAAACUUUGUCAAACAACAGAGCAAUAACACUCUGGUCCGGCGGAGGGAGGUGCCAGAAUUUAUCCUGCUGGUCACUCAGCGCAUCACCAAGUACCCUGUCCUGCUGGAGAGGAUAUUACAUUACACUCAAGAGGGAGGUCAAGAACACUCUGACCUGUCGCGGGCCCUGGCUCAGAUCCGCGACAUCAUUGCUGCGGUGGACCUCACUGUGAAUAAGUAUGAAAGGUGUCAGGAGCUGCAGGAAGUGCUGGCCCGGCUGGAGAACAAGAGCUUCGCCAAGCUGAAGAACAACAAGGUGUUUCGCAAACAGGAUCUGCAUAGCAAACACAGGGAGCUGCAAUAUAAAGGGCUGGUCUUCUGGAAGACUGCCACAGGGCGUCUGAAAGAUACUUUGGCUCUGCUGCUCACAGACGUUCUGGUUUUCCUUCAAGAGAAAGACCAACGUUUUGUAUUUGCUGUAGUGGACCAGAAGCCUCCUGUAAUCCCUUUGCAGAAGCUGAUUGUUAGAGAAGUAGCCAAUGAGGAGAGAGGAAUGUUCCUCAUCUCCGCCUCUUCAGUGGGACCAGAGAUGUAUGAAGUUCACACCACCACUAAAGACGAGAGGAAUGCAUGGAUGAGACACAUACGACAAGCAGUAGAGAGGUGUCCUGAGGAAGAGGAGGAGGAAGAUCAGAGUGCUGAGACAGAGGAGGCCCGGCGAGUGGCAGAAGUGAGAGUUCAGAAGAUCACCAAGUUCCAAGAAACCCUGUUGAAUCAGGACCAGCAAAUCUGCAGCAGCCUGGAGGAGAAGUUGCAGCUUUACGCUGAGCUUACAGAGUUAACCCUGUGUUCACCAGAGCCUGUACUGCAGCGUCAUCUGCUGGUACAACCAGAUGCCUCUGAGCCGCAGGCCUCCUCAUUGCUCACUGCUGCCCUCAGAGAAGCGGAGAACCUGAUCACUAUGCUGCAGGCUCGUGAUGGCCUUUCUGUAAAAAGUCAGAGCUCCCCGCUCCGAGGACCAGAGUGCUUCAGCUACAACAGCCAUGGCAGCAGCAUCCAGGAGUCUCCCUCUGAGCCGGAUUAUCUGAGCACGCUCAGUUUGAGCUCCACCUCUCUGGGAUCAGAUAGCGAGAUGACAGGUCUGGAUAACGCGGUGUGGAGCUCUGCAGUCGAGCUGAAAAAGGGAGACACCAAAGGGACACUGUCAAAGGUGGCAGAGAGCGUGCAGAGUCUGACUCAGCUUCUCUACAGUCUGCAGGCUGCUGUAACCCUGCAGGACAGCUGCUGUGAAGUCCAGAAACUCCUUCUCCAGGAGGGAGAAAGACCCAAGCUCCGAAGCCUGUCUUCCCUCCAAAACAGUCUGGAGCUGGAGAAGCAGAGAAGUGUCGAUAAAAAGAAAGAGGAAGUAGAAAAGAAGGGUUUGGAGAGGAAGAAAGAAGAGGUGGAUGAGGUUAAGAAACUCCAUGUGAAGCUGAAACAGGAGCAGCAGCGCUGGGACAAAGAGUGUCUGGCCCGAGAGAAACAACAAUGUGACCAGGAGAGUGUGCUGGAGCAGCGAGAGCAGCAGUGCCUCCUGGAGGCAGAGCGUCUGCGCUGCGAGCGUGAGGAACUGGAGGCUCAGCUGCAGGAGUACCAGCAAAACCUGGACCGCCUGAGGGAGGGCCAGAGGAGUGUGGAGCGGGAGAAGGAGCAGAUCGAAGCCCAACAGAGGCAGCUGCAGAGCUGGAGACACACCCGCCAGAGCAGCCUGCCUGUCACCAUACCACUGGAGGGAUACAAGUCCCAGGUGUCCAGCCACAGCCGCUCAGGCAGCCUUGAUGGUAACUGCUCAGUGUACCAGAACGAGUCAGCUUUACUGGCCUCCCUCAAGCAGAACCACCUCCACCAGCCCGCCAACAACAACCAGCACCUGCGUCUGCUCGCCGCGCCCAGCAAGAGCCAGGACAUCCCUCUGUGCAGUUCCAGCUACACUGCCAACCUUGGCCUCAGUGCCAGCCUCUACAACAGCCUCAACACCCUGCUAAGCCAGGCACACAGCAAACAGCCUGCCCGGGGCCUGACAUACCCCAACUACAGCAACCCCCACGCCAUCCCCCGGCCUCUGAAUGCCUCCAUCCACACCUUCAGCAGCAGGGUCACUGCACAGCCGCAGAUGACCAAUAACACAGACUUCAGCCAGUCGUUUGACAGACCAUCCUCGGGUCCCUGGAGGUCACAGGUCACAGGUCAAAGACUUUAUGAGGACGGCUACUCCUCAUCUCCCUCUCUUCCCCCCGUCCUUCCCCCACAGGCCUACCUCUCUCUUGAAGGACAGAACGGAGAGGAGGGAGGCGAGGAGAACAUUGUUUAUCUCUGAGAAAAAGCAAUGCAAGCUGCCUAAGCUAACUGGACCGAAAAUACUAUAUCUGUUGCUUAUAUGUGUUUGUGUAUAGGUCUGUAUUUUUUAAAAACCUGAAUAAUCAAAUAAGGGAAUAGUUGCAGGGAAAGAGUAUACACAGAUAAAGUAUUUGUGCCUUGAUCAGUGUAUGGGGGUGGACAUUCUCUUCCUGUGUCAUGAAACCGUUGUGCCUUUUUGCAAAUAAAUUCUCCAGCUCUAAAACUUGCACCCCACGUUUUUACCUCCACUUUGAUUCCAUUUAGUAUCUGUUGAACUCCUUUGAUGGAAGAGGUACAUAUAGACCAAACACUAGAGAACCAGGAUAUCAGGACAGAAGUAUUGAUGUUGUUUUCACAUGAGCACUUAAAUAUUUGAAAAGCCAAUUGAACCCUUCCCCAAACUAUAUAUAUAGUGCUAUUAUUUCUCAAUAUUUAUAAGGGUUUGUGAGCAUCUUAAAGACAUAAAAGUUAACUGACAUUAUUGUAUAAAUAGUAAAUAUAUGUAUAUUUUUAUUGAAAAGCUACCUAUGCACACUUUGUUUGGAGAAUAAUUUAUAUUCUUCUUGUGUUUCUCACUUAAGUGCCAAAAAUCUUGCUAUCUAUUAAUGAAAGUGAUGUCUGUAAAAAAAAUGGCUGUAAUUUUUUCUGUUCAUCACCUUUUCUGAUAAUUUAUUGUGUGUAAAUUGCUUCAUGCACUGUCAACGUUAAUAAUAUUUUUGUUAUGAUAUGUGUUCUCUUGUAAUCGCUGUAAUCAGAAUUGUGUUGUGCCAUAUUGAUAUACUGUCUAUGGGUAUGUAUAAAACUAUGUGUCAAACAUC